CGUUUCCCGGUUCGUACGGGGUUGCUUGUCCUAUCGGCCUUGGGUUACGCAACGCAGCUGCUCAUCUCCCGCGUCACUUCUCCGGCCAGACUGCGACGAGGACUCCGGUGCAACUUCGGCGGAGCGCACAGAAUCGGCCGUGCUGCUGCGGGACGAAGCGGGCCAUGCACGACACGGGCCAGAGCGAGGGGCUGAAUGGGGUGCUGCACAGCGAGCGGGUGGCCAUCCUGGACGCGGGGGCCCAGUACGGCAAGGUCAUCGACCGCCGCAUCCGGGAGCUCUGCGUCGAGUCGGUCAUGCUGCCCCUGUCCACCCCGGCCCGCAGCCUGCUCGACCAGGGAUACAGGGCCAUUGUGAUCUCGGGGGGCCCUGGCUCGGUUUAUGCUCCGGACGCUCCCAAGUACGACCCCGAGAUCUUCCAGUGUGGCCUCCCCGUGCUGGGAAUCUGCUAUGGCAUGCAGAUGAUCAACCGUGAGUUUGGAGGCACGGUGACCCAGAAGGACUCUCGGGAAGACGGGCAGUUCAAGAUCCAGGUGGACCAGAAGUGCCCCCUGUUCAAGGGCAUGGAUCGGGAAGAGGAGGCGCUUCUUACGCACGGCGACAGCAUCGAGAAGGCGGCGGAGAACUUCAAGGUGAUUGCCACUUCCGGAUCCACGGUGGCAGCGAUUGGCAACGAGAAGAUGCGUCUGUACGGGGUGCAGUUCCACCCGGAGGUGGACCUGACGCCCAAGGGCAAGGCCAUGUUCUCCAACUUCCUGUACGAUGUGGCGGGCCUCUCGGGAAACUUCACCCUCCAGAGCCGGGAGCUGGAGUGCAUCGACUACAUCCGACGCACCGUGGGCAACAGCAAGGUCCUGAUGCUGGUGAGCGGGGGCGUGGACUCGACGGUGUGUGCGGCCCUGCUGCACAAGGCCUUGCGGGAGGACCAGGUGAUUGCGCUGCACAUUGACAACGGCUUCAUGCGCAAGGAGGAGAGCGUCCAGGUGGAGCAGUCGCUGCGCCAGCUGGGCCUGCGGCUGCGAGUGGUGGAUGCCUCGCACCAGUUCUACAACGGCACCACCACCGUGCCCAUCGACCCCAGGGAGCCCCAGCGCAAGCGCACCACCCGCAUGCUCUGCCAGACCGCCCACCCCGAGGAGAAGCGCAAGAUCAUCGGCGACACCUUCAUGCGGGUUGCCAACGAGGUGAUUGGGGAGCUGCAGCUGAACCCGGAGGACGUGUUCCUGGGCCAGGGCACCCUGCGGCCGGACCUGAUAGAGAGCGCCUCGCACCUUGCGAGCGGCCAAGCGGACGCCAUCAAGACGCACCACAACGACACGGACCUGGUGCGCCAGCUCAGGGCCAAGGGCCGCGUGGUGGAGCCCCUCAAGGACUUCCACAAGGACGAGGUGCGCGCCCUGGGACGAGACCUGGGACUGCCCUCCGAGCUCGUCCAGAGACACCCCUUCCCAGGGCCCGGUCUGGCUGUGCGCGUUCUAUGUGGCGAGGAGCCUUACAUGGAAAAGGACUUCUCCGAAACUAGCGUCAUGGUCAAGAUCAUCGUAGACUACUCCAAUGCGCUGAACAAGAAGCACUCCCUGAUGAACCGAGUGCAGAGUGGCACGACGGACGAGGAGUGCGAGUUCCUGACGCGGCUGUCCCAGCAGUGCCGGCUCACCUCCACUCUGCUGCCCAUCAAGAGCGUGGGUGUUCAGGGGGACCGGCGCACAUACAGCUAUGUGGUGGGCCUGUCUUCGGCCGAGGAACCCACCAACUGGGAGGACCUGAUGCGGCUGGCCAAGCUCAUCCCCAAGAUCUGCCACAACAUCAACAGGGUGGUGUACGUGUUCGGGGGCCCCGUGGCGUUCCCGGUGCAAGACGUGACGCCCACGUACUUGACGCCGCUGGUGCUGAGCACGCUGCGGCAGUGCGACCACCUGGCCCAGCAGGUGCUGCGGGCCUCGGGCCACGCGGCCUCGCUGUCCCAGAUGCCCGUCAUCCUGCUGCCCCUGCACCUGGACAGGGACGUGGUGAGCCGCCAGCCCUCGUGCCAGCACUGCAUCGUGGUGCGCACCUUCAUCACCCAGGACUUUAUGACCGGCGUGCCCGCCACCCCCAACAAGCACCUGCCCCUCGAGGUGAUCAAGAAGAUGGUGAGCGAGAUCCAGUCGGUGAGCGGCAUCUCCCGCGUCAUGUACGACCUCACGCCCAAGCCCCCCGGCACCACCGAGUGGGAGUAGCCGCAGGGACCCCGCUUCCCGGCACCCUCUGCUGCCCUUCGUUUUUUUUUAUAAAUGUUUCAGAUUUUCUCAUCUGGGCUCCCCGACUCUGUCUGCCCUCCCCGUCUCCCACUUUUACAGUUUGUUUGGAGCUCGAAGGAGGCGAUCGGUCCGGAGAGGUAGAGGUCUGGCAACGUGGGCGGGGGUCUUGGAGAGGGGUUUUGCUACCGUAGGCACCGUCUUUUCUAGGGGCCUUGACGCGCCUCGGAAGCUCGCAGGGACCGAUCCGGCAAGAGUGUGCGUGCACGACUUUUUGCGGGCCCAGUAUUGUCCGCGCGCUGUCGAGACGUUUCUAGGAGCGAGGUGGCCGCUUUGCUAGGAGGUGCAAGGUGACUGGGAAUCGUGGGUCUGCCGCGAGGUUAGUGGGUUAACCUUCUCGCUUUGUUUUUCCGCAACGGACCUGGGAGGUUCUCGAUCGCGUGGCAAGCAGUUUGUUUUGCAGUCUGACCUCGCCAGUGGAGCGAAGCGCCUAAGGAGUCGCGAAAGGAAGUACAAAAAAAAUCCCGAAACGAAAGGAGCCUUGCCACUGCGAUCGGUGGACGCGGAUUUGUCUCGUCUGUGUGGGCUCUGUGGCUGCGGCGAUGGAACGACCUUGGCGUGUUUGGCAGCGGCACUUUCGCUCACGUUCUUUGGGGUUCUUUUUUUCUUUUUCGCCAAAGUUUGUUUUGACUUUUUUUACUUCUGUUCAACUUAGGAAUAACAAUGCCUCGAACGGACAGCUCUCUCACAGGAUUGUCUUAGUUCCCCGUGCGUCUGGCAUACUUGUAUUGCGAGCGAUUGGCUAAGGGGCGAAUUGUGUUUCGGUUCACGAGGUCCCAGUUUCUCGGCAGCUUGCCAAAACAUUGGGCGGUGUGCGGAAGAGCGUGGAAUGCCUUACCUACCACAAAGCGUGUUCUGCUCAGCUUGGGUUUUUUUCGAUCUAUGAUGGGUGUCCCCCUCCCUUUGUUUACUGCGCCAAGGUCCGUUUAAGGGGAUUGUCUCGACUGUUUCAUGGUAGAGUGUGGAAUGAGUGUUUAGUUGGAUAAUGUCUAUAUGCAUGAUUGUGUACAGGCUAUAAAUAAUUUUUAAGAAAUUAAACUUGCGUUUCCACAACUUUU